UAUCGAAAACCUAGUCACUAGUCUCGCUUAUAGAGGUCUAAGCAUUGGCACUCCGUAUCAUAUUACUGGCCGGUACAUACCAGCGUCAAUGACUUCUGCAUCUGAUUACUCGUUGCGACCGUUGGCACCAUCCACCAUACGACGGAAAAGAAGUCCAGCGCUUAGUGACCCAUUGAUGCAGUAUUCAUUGGCACCCACCCAUAAUAUUCAUACUCUCUAUGCCAGUCUAGCAAAUUCACUCUCAUCUUCAGAGAGCACUCCCAGGUCGCUGUCAGUACUGUCUGGACUCACCACCGGCUGGACCAGGAUACGACAUCCGGAUUUUGGCUCUUACUACUUUCACGAGGAGAUGAGAGUUUGCAGCAAUACCAACCAUGAAACGGGCGCCCUACGUAGCGUCAUCACCCAGUUACUUCGCGAUUUGAAGGAGAGGGCUCCUUCUGAUGCCGAUUCCGAGAUGACUAUUGUUCUGGACUUGAUCCCAUCUACCGUCAGCGCAGACCAAAGACCCACCUUCGGGUAUUAUUUUGCUUCUCAUACUCACAAGCGAGUCUUUUGGCUGGAAGAUUUCAACCUUGCUUGUUUAUCAGAAGAAUGCGAUGGACCUGUGGAAUCAUCUUCUAGAUGUGCUGAAACUCAGUACUGGAAGCAUUGCGAGCUGUUUCCGAAUACUCUCAACGUCACAGAGGUUGUCAUCCGUGAACUCAAGAGUAUCUUAGUUCAAGCAUCUGCAGAUCGCGUGACUUCAAAAUUCUCGACAUCGCCCUAUGAUGCAGAAAGUAUUUCGACCAUGUUAGAACUUGUGAAUAACAUCGAACCUCUGGGCAAGAGCAAGGAUGGGCGCUCAGCUUGGACGAUAGCGAAAUUCAUGAUACUAUAUCACAUCGGCAUCUUACGAAGUUCAUAUGGUCAAAACGACGACUAUUUCGACAUCGAGUACUCUGAGUCAAAUUCGGAACCUUACCAACGCUCUAUGCUGAUGGCGCUUUUGUCUCCAUUAAUGCUGAAGUCUGCGGAAGUCUACGCAGAGGAGUUACACAGCUUUCGAGACAAUUUCUCACUUGCACGGUGGAGGAAGUUUGUGAGCAAGGUGGAUAUCAGCAUCCGCGAUUCCAAUCUGCUGGCAACUGUCCUGCUUAGCACGAGCAUCGGAUUUUUGACAAUUGGAAGUGUGGACUCGAGGGGUGCGGAUGGUUCGCGGUCAGGGGCACAGAUUGUCAUAUAUUGCUCCAUCGUCUGCAGCAUUGGCAGCAUCAUCAUCGGGCUCAUUAUCUUCAAACAAUAUCGCGCAAAGAGUGCUGAUACUCCUCUGAGAGCGAUCAUAGUCUUGAAGCGGAUCCUCCGCGAACGGUAUGGUCUUGAGAGGCUUGCUGUUAUCUGCAGCCUGCCGUAUAUCUUGCUGAUGUGGAGCCUAAUUUUGUUUUCGAUUGCAGUUUUCGAGAUCACUUUCAAUAGUACAGAUGUCCAGACUCGCACGCCUGUUGCAGUUGCGAUAUCCUUGCUUUUGUUAUCAGUGUUUGGGUCUUUGUAUACAGCUGGACCACGAGAUAAGGAGGAGAAAGUUGUGGACCCACCCGAGGUCUCGAGUUGGAGAAUGAUAGGUCGACAGAUCACAGGAUUCAUUCCGGCUGCGUGCAAGCAAUUGCGGAAGCCGGCCCGGAACGACCUAGUACCGUGCGCAGACAAGCAGGGUGAUGAGGACAUGGAGACAGGUCUCAAGACGUGUUGAUUACGCUUUUCCUCGUGCUCCGACUUGAACGAGCCGAACAGUUACGACUGUUAUGAAACCCAUUGAUGUAUAUCAUUCUUGAAAAAUUAUGUGAUUUAUGGAAGCUAUCAUUCGGAUCUUACUCGAAAAGCUUCAAACCCUA